GAUAAAUAGAAACUGAUCUGAGAGCAGUCUUUCUAGUUUGGAUUUAACCAUCCUAACGGAAGGCGAAUAUUCAAAACUGAUCCCAGGACAGCAGUUUAUACGCCGUAUUUCCCUUUACUUCUUCACGUUUUAUAAACUUGUAGUAACCGCUUCCUGGUCGGAGUAGCAGCGGGUCUGUCACGGUCCAAACAUGAGUCUUUUAUAUCACAGCAACGUUAAAUUAUUACAAAGAUGUACCCAGACACAAGCUGUCAGACUGGCACACAGUGUUGUACGGAGAGAAACGGGACUGAAAGACACGCUGUCACCGCGGAGGAGCCACUGCUGCCUGGUGAAUGUGAGUCAGUGGUACACCUGCAGAGCAGCUCAGCGGUUGAAUCAACACUCCACAAGAACAUUUUCCACAGUACCUCCACCACCUUCAGGGGAUAAGACGAAGAAGUCUGGGCCCGUCACAUGGAAAUCUUUAGCAGUGACGUUUGCUAUCGGAGGCAGUCUGCUCGGAGGGAUGAAAUAUUUCAAGAAAGAAAAGGAAGAAUUGAUGGAAAAGGAGCGCACCAAGUCGAUCGGCCGGCCGGCGCUUGGCGGUCCCUUCUCGCUCGUCGAUCACAACAACAAACCGACGAAGAGCGAAGACUUCCUGGGCCAGUGGGUCCUGAUCUACUUCGGCUUCACUCACUGCCCUGACAUCUGCCCCGACGAGCUGGAGAAGAUGAUCGAAGUGGUGGAUGAAAUAGACAGAAUAAAGUCUCUUCCAAACUUGACGCCUAUCCUCAUCACUAUUGAUCCUGACAGAGACACACCAGAGGCCAUGGCUGCUUAUGUCAAAGAGUUUUCCCCGAAGCUGAUCGGCCUGACGGGGACGUUGGCGCAGGUGGAGCAGGUUUCCAGAGCGUACAGAGUUUAUUACAGUCAGGGACCGAAGGACGAAGACAACGACUACAUCGUCGACCACACCAUCAUCAUGUACCUGGUGGGACCUGAUGGAGAGUUUCUGGAGUAUUUUGGACAAAACAAAAAAAACUCAGAGAUCAGCAGCUUGAUAGCAGCUCACAUGAGGAAGUACAAGAAGGGAAAGUGAGAGAGACUCUGUCCUCAGGUGUUAAUCACUACUGCCAGCUUCUCCCUCUAUUUAUUCUCAACAUGAAGAUCUGUCUGCAGUUACAUUCCUUUCAGUGAAGAAAUCUUUCUCCAUAAAUCACACAUAAUAUAUACAUAACACGCACUGCUGCUGAUUCAUGGACAUAAAUUGGAAAAAGACUGAAAAACGUGUCCAGAUCAGCUCCAAAGAGCUUAAUAUCUCUGAUUUCUGAUGCAAAAAAUGAGAAAAUACCUGAAGAUUACUGUUGUAAAUGAAGUGAACAUUUGACUUUGUGAUAAAAAUCCCCAAAACAA